ACCCGAGAAGAAAGCGAUCAUGGGCUCCGGAUUCUGGUGGAGACUCAUUAACUCCGCCCUCGUUGGAAUUCUCUGUUUUCAUAGUCUCAGUCACGCUCAAAAAGUUCCAAAUUACACAUUUGUUCAACAAGCAACUUCAGCACCAGCCGUGUCAUACUAUGAGUACAUCAUAGUGGGUGGAGGAACUUCAGGCUGUCCCUUGGCUGCCACACUCUCUCACAACGCAAGUGUUUUGUUAAUAGAGAGAGGAGGCUCUCCUUACGGCAACCAAAACAUAACCAAUUUGGGAUCCUUCAGUGCCACACUCGCCGAUACUUCCCCUUCCUCUGCCUCCCAACGUUUCAUCUCCGAGGACGGCGUCAUCAACGCUCGUGCACGAGUUUUAGGCGGUGGAAGCUGUUUGAACGCCGGGUUUUACACCCGAGCAAGCACUGACUACGUCAGAGACGCCGGCUGGGAUGGUUCACUUGUAAACCAAUCCUACCAAUGGGUAGAGAAGAUUGUUGCCUUUGAACCUCCCAUGCUUCAGUGGCAAUCUGCAGUCAGAGAUGGGUUGAUUGAAGCUGGUAUAUUGCCUUUCAAUGGGUUCACUUAUGAUCACAUUUAUGGAACUAAGGUUGGUGGAACCAUCUUUGAUCGUGAUGGCCAUCGACACACUGCGGCUGAUCUACUUCAGUACGCCAACCCCAAAGGCCUUACUGUCCUUCUACGUGCCACUGUUCACAGGAUCUUUUUUAGGACCAAAGGAAAGGUAAGACCCAUAGCCCAUGGAGUAGUGUUCAGAGACGCAGCAGGAGUUAAGCACAGAGCCUACUUGAAGAAAGGAUCAAUGAAUGAGAUAAUUCUAUCAGCUGGAUCAAUUGGAAGCCCACAACUGUUGAUGCUAAGUGGGGUGGGACCAGCACAGCACCUUAGGUCUCACAACAUUAAGGUGACAUUGGAUCAGCCAUUGGUCGGUCAAGGCAUGGCAGACAACCCCAUGAAUGCUGUCUUCAGCCCUUCUCCCAAUCCUGUUGAGGUUUCCCUCAUACAAGUGGUCGGCAUUACUCGUCUAGGAACUUACAUUGAAGCUGCUAGCGGUUCCAAUUUUGGAUCUCCAAGCUCAGCCCCACAAAGAGACUUUGGGAUGUUUUCCCCUCAGACUGGGCAGUUAUCGGUUGUGCCCCCAAAGCAGAGGACACCAGAAGCCAUAGCAAAAGCAACAGAAGCCAUGAAAGCUCUUAGUUAUGAAGCUUUCAGAGGUGGGUUCAUCAUAGAGAAGAUCAUUGGUCCUGUGUCAACAGGGCAUUUAGAGCUCCGGAAUAGGAACCCAGAGGACAACCCAUUGGUCACCUUCAAUUACUUCAGGGAACCAGAGGACUUAAAGAGGUGUGUUGAUGGGAUUACAGUUAUAGAGAAGGUGAUCCAAUCCAAAGCCUUCUCCAAUUUCAGGUAUCCAUACCUUUCCAUUCAAGCCCUCAUCAACAUGACAUCGAAUUUCCCUGUGAACUUGCUGCCAAGGCACGACAACGAUUCGACUUCGUUGGAGCAGUUCUGCAAGGACACUGUGAUGACCAUUUGGCAUUAUCAUGGAGGGUGCCAGACGGGCAGGGUUGUUGAUCAGGAUUAUAAGGUUCUUGGGGUAGAUGGAUUGAGGGUUAUUGAUGGCUCCACCUUCCAUGACUCCCCUGGUACUAAUCCUCAAGCCACUGUCAUGAUGCUUGGAAGGUACAUGGGAGUCAGGAUUCUAAACGAAAGACUUGCUAUGAACAGAUCGAAUUAAGACAU